AUCCACAUCACUCCAAAUCAGUCGAUUGUAAAGGGAGUUGGGACGAUACCCGUGUGCAUCUCUCCUCGCACCAUCACCUCCACACAGGCUCCAUUCUGCGUAACAGCGUGUAGUGUGUUCAUAUAUCGGCACGGGGACAUGCUCCACCAGGUCUGCGCAAUCGACGUGAACGCCUGCCUGGACACAGGAGAGGAUUAAGUUACUGUUGCUGGCGGCGGAUUAUUUUAUUGGCCUCCUCCUGUCACGCCCGACUCUUUGGUGAUCCUUUUUCCAAUUUCUAGAGCAAAAGCCAGAUAGAUAAUGUCGUUCAGGCGAGGUGUGGUGCGGCAGAGCAAGUUCCGCCACGUCUUUGCCCAGGCGUGGAAAGCUGAGCACUGCAUCGACGACGUCAGGGUGUCCCGCGUCACCUGGGACAACCCCCUCUGUGCGGUCAACCCCAAGUUCAUCGCCGUUAUCAUUGAAGCCGGUGGAGGAGGGGCCUUCCUUGUUGUUCCGAUAACUAAGAGCGGCAGAAUCGAUCAGUCCUGCCCUACGGUUUGUGGUCAUGCGGCUCCGGUCCUUGACAUCCAAUGGUCUCCUCAUGAUGACAACAUCAUUGCAAGUGCCUCAGAGGACUGCACAGUAAAGGUGUGGCAGAUCCCAGACGGGGGCCUCACAAGCCCAAUGACUGAGGCCAUUGUGACCCUUGAAGGACACAGUAAAAGGGUGGGGAUCUUGGCUUGGCACCCUACUGCCUUCAACAUCCUGUUGACUGCAGGCUGCGACAAUGUGAUCUGUGUGUGGAACGUGGGCACAGGGGAGCUCGUGUACCAGCUGAGCGACGCCCACCCAGACCUGAUCUACAGCGUAAGCUGGAAUAAGGACGGGAGUGCUGUGUGCACCGUCUGCAAGGACAAGGCUUUGCGUGUCAUUGACCCACGUAGGGGCACCGUCCUCAAGGUUAAAGAGAAAGUCCAUGACGGCACUCGACCAAUGAGAGCAGUGUUCCUGUCGGAUGGAAAGAUCCUUACCACGGGGUUCAGCCGUAUGAGUGAGAGGCAGCUUGCAUUGUGGGAUACAAAAGACCUCUCUGAACCAAUGGCAGUGCAGGAGAUGGAUACAAGUAAUGGGGUUCUUUUACCUUUUUAUGACCCUGAUACGAACAUGGUCUACUUGUGUGGAAAGGGGGACUGCACCAUCCGGUAUUUUGAAGUGACAGAUGAAUCCCCCUACGUUCACUUCCUUAGCUUAUACAGCAGCAAGGAACCUCAGAGGGGCGCUGGAUUUCUCAGUAAAAGAGGUGUGGAUGUCAACAAGUGUGAAAUUGCAAGGUUCUACAAACUCCAUGAAAGAAAAGUGGAACCCAUUUCUAUGACUGUACCACGAAAGUCAGAUCUGUUCCAGGGAGACCUUUACCCAGACACAGCUGGAUUGGAGCCGGCUCUCCUGGCUGAUGAAUGGAUUGCCGGCCAGGAUGCACCACCCCUCCUGGUCUCGCUGAGUGGUGGGUACUCAGCUCCUCCAUCUAAGCAGAGGGACACCCUCAGAAGCAAACCCAAGCUUGUCUCACAGGACUCUGGGGCCGGGGCCACCCAGCACUCAGCAGGCAGCGUAGCAUCUCCCACAUCUGCCUCUGUUGCCAGAGACACGGAGGAAGAGAUGCCACAGCCACGAGUAGCUACUUCAGACGGAAACACUGAGAGGCCAAAGCGAGAGGACGAGCUGUUGACCGAGUUGUUAGCCGAAAUGAAAGCUCUGCGUGCUGUUGUCCUUGCCCAAAGCCAGAGAAUCGAGCUGCUGGAGAGGCAGCUGGCUCGGAUAGAGGACGGGGAUGUAUGAGCAGCGGCGGAGGACCACUACAUUCACAGGGCAUUCUUACUUAGUCCAUAGACUAUAGCCUUACUAGUUUCAACAAUACCUUAAAGCUGUGUGAGUGGGAGAAUGUAGUGAAGGAUUGCAAAAAACUGAAUCACAGCGGCUCACAACCAGCUGUUGUGAUCAAAUGCAGACAAGUGUUUAUGUGGUAGUUAUCUAAAUUGACAGAAUUGGGUGUCAUCUGCAUAAAGUGAUAUACUAUAGUGAGAUAAUGUCCUGUUUUCCAUAUGAAGGAGUGUUAUAGCGGCGUUUGGUGAAGGCUGGUGCAUUUUUGAGCUUUGCAAAACCCAUGCAUUAAAUUUGAAGGACUUUGAAAGAGUUGGAAUGGCACAAUUGCCUCAAAUUAAUGCACGAAUAAGUGAAAAAAAGUGAGUCAAGACAGUCGACGCAUUAUAGCAAAGCGAUUAAGUACCUCUAAUAUGAUUAUUUUCUAUUAAGCACUAAAAAGUUAACCAUUAGGGCUAAUUAAUCAGGUAGUUAAAGCUGCUUAACUGUGAUGUCAUAUCAAAACCCCAACUGUUAACUCAUCGCGUGACUUGUACUUUCUUUUACUACAUUUUAAGAUGCAGUUUGUGAGGUUGACAGUAGGAAAAUAAACCUGGUACAGAAACCACAACCUUGGUAGUGAGAAUCAUGUGAAAAUAGCUGAAGAGAGUGUAGUUGAAUAUUUAUGUGUAUCGUACUUAUCUGUGUAGUCUUUGAAAAGCUAACCCUUGUGAUUUUGUACCUCAGAGCAGUGAGCUAAAAUGAGAGCUGUGUUAUACAUGCAUUACCUGCACUAAUAACUUGUAACAAUGAAGUCUCACUGUUUUAAAAGCAGUUCAGUGUUGCCGCCACAAGGAAGGGGCAGUUGAAGUGAAGAUUUUCCUCUGGUUGAUAAUUGCAUUUGUAUUGGUGUUAAAAGAUGGAAGAUAUCUCUGGGUUUUUUGUAUUUGUUUUUUUUUUUUUUUCUUUUUUUGCUUAUACAUGUAGAUGCACUCAUCUAACAAGUCAAUGAUUAUGUAACAUUGGUACAUUCCACAUUAUCCCUUUAUAACUUAGCUAAUUUAUAUUUCUUUAUGCACUGACCUCUUAACACUAUCUGUAAAAGAAAGUAGCAAUGAGACUACUGUACUGUUUGAACUAAAUAAACAUUCA